AUGGAGAAACUCGAUCUUUCAACCAAUGCCAAAGAGAUAAGUUCUCUGUACGACAAAAUCGGAUCUGGAGAUCCGUCCACCACCUACGUCAUCUUCACCAGUGAGAAGGCUGUGUUGGUGCCUACAGCCAACGGCGAUGGCGAUAUCACCGACUUCGUCGAGGAAUUCGAGGAGGGAAGAGUUCAGUUUGGCCUGUGUAGAAUCAAGCCUCCGGGAUCUGAUGUCAGCAAACUGAUUCUUCUGGGCUGGUGUCCUGAUAGCGCUCCCUUGAGAUCGCGUACCAGUUUCGCCCACAACUUUGCUGAUGUCGCAAGGAUCUUGAAGGGUUACCACGUUCAGAUCACCGCUAGAGAUAGUGAUGACUUGGAUGUGGCUGCUAUUGUGAAGACCGUGAGUGAUUCUGCCGGUGCCAGAUACUCGAUUCAGUCUGUAUCUACUGCUACUCCUUCGUUCAAGCCAACUCCUAAGCCAAAAACUGUGGCUCCUACACCAAAGGAGAUCAAGCCCAUUGUUCCCAAGCCUGCUGUAAAGAAGCCUGCUCCAGCUGCCCCUGCAGAUGAGGAUGGCUGGAAUGGCGAGGAGGAGAUCGAAGAACGCGAUUUCUUCAAGAAGCCUCUGGAAACUCUCCCUUCGGCAUAUAAGCCUACCAAGGUGGACAUUGAUGCUCUGAGAAAGGGUGUGACUCCAAAAUCGCCAGUUCUGGCUGCAAAAAAUGAUGCUCCUGUGAAGCCAGCUACGUCGUCUGCUGACGAAAUCUCCAGCAAAGUGCACAUCUACGAUUCGUAUGCCGACGAUGGAAGACUAACCUCGUUGCCCAAGCCUAAGGUUAACCACUCAGUGGCUUCUAGGUACCAGCCAGCUGUUCAACCAGCUUUUGCUACCAAAACGCCGGACUUUUCUGCUCUGCCAAAAAAGAACGACGUUCAGGCCGCUAGCGGUGCAUCCAGAGACUUUGCUGGUGAGAACGGUAAAACCCCAGCCCAAAUAUGGGCUGAGAAGCAUGGCAAGUACAAGGUUGUUGAGAGUGAGGAUGGUCCAGUUAAAUCAGCUUCUCCUGAACCUGUCCCAGAGCCUUCUAUCGCGGACGUCAGGUCGAAAUUCGCAUCAGCUUCCAUUGCUGAUGAGGACGAAUCUCCUAAGGCAUCUUACAAGACCAUCGGAGUUCCAGUGUUCCCGCCAGCUGCCAAGGCUGCUGAGCCUGAACCUGAACCUGAGAGUGAACCUGAAGUGGAGGAGGAAGAGGAAGAAGAGGAGGAGGAAGAGCAAGAAAAAGAGGCAACUCCUCCCCCAGCACAUAUUACUCUUCCCCCACGUGAGCCUGUCAAGGCUGAACCAAAGUCUACACUCCGUGCUGUUGCCGAGUACGAAUAUGAGAAGGACGAGGACAACGAGAUUUCCUUUUCUGAAGGCGAAACCAUUACCGAGAUCGAAAAGGUUGAUGAGGACUGGUGGAAAGGAACGAACGCCAAGGGCGAGUCCGGCCUUUUCCCAGCCACCUACGUUAAGAUUGAAGAGGAGAAGCCAGCAGUGCAGGAAAGAUCGCUUCCUCCUGCUCCUCCUGCCCGUGAACCAGUUGUGGAGGAGAAACCAGCAACUCCAUCAGCAGUUGCUGAGUACGACUACGAUGCCACCGAAGACAAUGAGUUGACUUUCAAAGAGGGCGACUUGAUCACAGAAGUUGAGUUUGUUGACGAUGACUGGUGGUUGGGAACUCUGAACGGAGAGAGAAAGUUAUUCCCAUCCAACUAUGUCACGCUGCAAGACUAA